AUGAGUUACGUCGCUAAGGGUGAAAAAGAAUACGAUGCGACCGGUGCCCCCGUGCCCGCCGCGAAGUUGCACAAAAUCCGCAUCACGCUCACUAGCAGCAAUGUGCGCAACUUGGAGAAGUUCUCCAACGACUUGAUUAACCGUGCCAAGGACAAGCAGCUCCGUGUGAAGGGCCCCGUUCGUCUCCCCACCAAGGUCUUGAAGAUCACUACCCGUAAGACUCCUUGCGGUGAGGGUUCGAAGACCUGGGACCGUUACGAGCUCAAGAUCCACAAGCGUUUGAUUGACCUCCACUCCUCCAGCGAGAUCGUCAAGCAGAUCACCAGCAUCAGCUUGGAGCCCGGUGUCGAGGUCGAGGUCACCAUCUCUGCUUAA